CUUACUCUCAAUCUGGGAGAGGAGAAACUAGGGUUUUAACAAAAUUCCCCAAAUUUGUAAAAAGUUUGAUCUUUUAUCACUCACCGAUGAAGCGACAUCUUCAGGGAAGUGAUUCCAGCGACUACUCAAACUCGGAUUGCUUUAAAAUCCGACACACGAGGAAGCAUGAAGAUGACGACAUCUCCGGGUCGGUUCAGGCGAUGCUCAGAAACAAUAAGAAACUGAAGACGACGACAUUGUUGGAACCUUCUUCUUCUGGUGCUUGUAAGAACUGGACUAAAACCGAAGAGCUCCUCAUUCUCGAGGGUAUUGUGGACUAUCAAAUUGAAACGAAGUUGAGCUACCCAUCUGACUGGAAUGCGGUUUACGAUCGUAUCAGAGAUUCCAUGGUAUCAGAUUUCUCUAAGGCACAGCUGACUAAUAAGAUUCUCAAUUUGAAGUUGAGAUUUGGAGAUAAUCUGGCGAGAUCUAUUGCUGGUAAAAGACUUUCUUUUACUAAUUCCGAUGAUGAACAAGUGUUCAAAUUGUCAAAGAUCAUAUGGGGUAAAAACAUAACCACCAAAUCUGCUUCUAAUGAGAUUAUGGACCAAACAAAGGAACGGGUGAUUGAUGAUGGUGAGAAAGAAAAAUGUGAGGAUUUGAAUGUUCUGCAAGAGGCACUUGAGGUGGCGGCAUCAUUUCUGAGGUUAGCGCGCCUGUGGCGCGCCAUGGCGCGAUGCGCACCGAGGCUCGAAGAAAAGGGCAACAAGACAUGGAGGCGAGGCGAGAUCUAUGAUGCGCGCGCCAUACAUGAGCCAUGGCCGAUGCACGAGGCGGUCAAGGCGAGCGCCUCUUGUGUUCAGGCGAAAACUCUUCGAAACCAGCAGCAAGAACUAUGUGAUUUUAGGGUUUUGACGAAGAAGAUGACUAGAUUGAAUAGGAUAAACCGUUUUACAAACUUAGCUGGUUAAUACAUGGUUCAAUUUAAGUGGUUUGGUUAAUUCCUAUGUUGUGUUUAAAGCCAUCUUUUUUGAACAGUUAAUUAAAUAGGCUUAUGGCUUCUUUUUGGUAAGUGUAAUAGUGUUGGCUUUUGUACACAUUAUAUUCCUUUUUGGGGGAUUUGUGUGAGUAAAUCUCAUGAAAUAUAUGCAUCUUUUGUCUAGUGCAUAUAAUAGACUCUGUUUGAUGCA